AUGUCUGCUUAUCACGCCGACCCUAGCCCCUACGUCCUCUACUAUACGCGACAGGCGGGGUCCGGUUUAGAAGGUUUCAGCGGAGCGCCCGUGCAGUACGGAAGAGGGAUCGGCAACGUUUUUCGGGGUUUGUUUAGACUGGCGGUGCCUCUGCUAAAAUCGGGCUUCAACUUGGUCAGACAGCACCUCAAGACCGCUGCUAAAAAUAUCGCGAAAGACGUGGUUUCCAGCGGCGGGGAAAUUACUGGGAAACGCGUCGGAAAGGCGGCAGGAGGGCGAAGGCCUGGUGGUUUUGAGCCGCGCGAAUCGACGCAUGCGCCCGCCGGGGCGUCGCGCGGGUCGGGGGACACCUACGUCGAUCUGAACCGUUCGCUUUUGUACCUCACGUGCAAAGUUACCAACGCGGACGGAACCGAUCUGGCGGCCGGCGCGGCCGUAGGUUUGAUCAAUUCCCCCGCGGCCACUCUUUUUAGCCAAGUCGACCUGUCCCUCGGCGAUAAGCUCAUUUCUCAAAGCGGUUCGACGUACGCCUACAGGGCCGUUCUGGAGUGUUUGCUUAACUAUUCCGAACCUACUCUGAAUUCGCAAUUCGCAGCGGGGCUGUUUCGCAAAGACACGGCGGGGCGCAUGGACGAAGCUGACCCGAACAGAGACAAUGAGGGAUUAACGUGGCGAAGCGCUUAUUGCGAAAGGAGCCGAACGUUCGAAUUAAUGGGACAUUUGCAUAACGACUUUGCAUUUCAGGAAAAGCUUCUUUUAAAUUCCGUCGACGUGAGAAUCAAGUUAGUUCGUAAUAAAAACGAGUUUGUUUUAAUGUCAUCGGAUCCGAACCCGGGCUAUAAACUUCACAUUUUAUCAGCCCUUUUGUACGUGAAAAGAAUACACGUGUCACCCAGUGUGAAACUGGAUCACGCGUCAGCUUUGCUUCAGUCUAACGCGAGGUACCCGUUAGAACGAGUUAACGUGAAAGUGUUAAGCGUGCCUGCGGGGGGUCGCGUGUCAAACCAGGAUAAUCUAUUUUUGGGCCAAGUGCCAAAAUUCAUUGCUAUAGGUUUUGUUCAUAACGAAGCUUUCAGCGGAUCUUAUGCGCGAAAUCCUUUUAAUUUUCAUCAUUACGACGUGGAAUCUUUAAAUCUCAGCGUGGACGGUGUGUCCUACCCGUCCACGCCUUUUCAACCCCUUUUUCCUAGGCAGCGCUGCCUGAGAGAAUACUUCAGCCUGGUCGAGGCUACGGUCAGAGGGUUGAGGGACCAGCCUUUGGCCAUCUCUCGUGAAGAUUUUUCUCGGGGCUACUGUUUAUUCGCGUUCAACUUGACCCCCGACGAAAGCUCGGGCGAACACGUUUCCUUAAUACAGUCGGGGCACGUCAGGCUGGACCUCCGGUUUCGAGCGCCUUUGCCCAACACCAUAAACAUCAUCGUGUUUGCGGUUUUUGACAACGUGUUAGAAAUUAAUCACAAACGUGAAGUGCUUAUGGACUAUUUUUGA